UGAUUAGAUCUUGCCUUACAGCUUUUGUUGACUGUAUCAGUGAGUUUGCUUGUUUCUGGCGGACCUUUCAUGGGCACGGAACGACUUCCGGUGUGUGAUGUCAGUUCUCCGUGCAUGCCGCUGAGAGGAGCCCAUGGUGUAGCCUCUUUCAAAGUUGAAGCUGUAGCACAACUGAACCGACACGAUGGGGAUCUUAGAGAAAAUCUCAGAAAUAGAGCGAGAAAUCGCCCGGACACAGAAAAACAAAGCCACUGAGUACCAUUUGGGUUUGCUCAAGGCCAAGCUAGCCAAAUACAGGGCUCAGCUCCUGGAGCCCAAGUCAACGGGGGCCAAAGGCGAGGGCUUCGAUGUCAUGAAAUCAGGAGAUGCUCGUGUUGCUCUUAUCGGUUUCCCCUCUGUGGGUAAGUCCACCUUCCUCAGUUUGAUGACAUCAACGGCCAGUGAAGCUGCUUCCUAUGAGUUCACCACUCUCACCUGCAUACCUGGUGUCAUAGAGUACAAAGGGGCCAACAUCCAGUUGCUGGAUCUGCCAGGAAUCAUUGAGGGUGCUGCCCAAGGUAAGGGUAGAGGUCGGCAGGUCAUCGCUGUCGCCAGGACAGCAGAUGUCGUCAUCAUGAUGUUGGAUGCCACCAAAGGAGAUGUUCAGAGAGAACUUCUAGAAAAAGAGUUGGAGUCCGUGGGCAUCAGACUCAACAGGUGUAAACCGAAUAUUUAUUUCAAGCCCAAGAAAGGCGGCGGCCUCUCCUACAACUCCACAGUUCCUCUCACUCAAUGCUCAGAGAAGCUCGUCCAGCUCAUCCUUCACGAAUACAAAAUCUUUAAUGCAGAAGUCCUCUUCAGGGAGGACAGCACACCAGACGAGUUCAUCGAUGUCAUCGUCGGGAACAGAGUUUACAUGCCUUGCCUAUACGUGUACAAUAAGGUGGAUCAAAUCUCCAUCGAGGAGGUGGACCGCCUGGCUCACAGACCUCACAGUGUUGUCAUCAGUUGUGGGAUGAGUUUGAACCUGGAUUACCUUUUGGAGACGUUGUGGGAAUACCUGGCUCUGAUUUGCAUUUACACUAAGAAAAGAGGAGAGCGCCCAGACUUUGGUGAUGCAAUCAUUAUGAGAAGAGCUGCAUCUGUAGAACAUGUGUGCCAUCGAAUCCACAGAACCUUAGCCGGCCAGUUCAAGUAUGCCCUGGUUUGGGGAACCAGCACCAAGUACAGCCCUCAGAGGGUCGGCCUGACGCACAUCAUGGAGCACGAGGACGUCAUCCAGAUUGUCAAGAAGUGAGCAAAGCUCCUGAUGGGACAAAGGAGAGACUGAACAGGAGGAGCCACGCUUUUGUUGCAGGAGUUAAAAUGGAAAAAAAAGACCCACUGUACAGUAGAUAUACAGCAAUGAAAAAUAGCCGCCGUUCUUAUUUUGUAUAUUAAAAUUAACAAAAUGCAUUGAAGAGACAGAGCAGAUUUGAGUUGACCGUGGACAGGAAAUGGUGGAUUUUACCUUUUGAUUAUAAGAAGAUACAUUGAUUCAGAGAGGAAGAAUAAAGUCCAUAAAAUGUUUAAUCAA